AAAAAAGCAGGUGAGUGAAGAAAGCUCCUCUGAUAGUAUAAAUAGUCUCUAAAGGAAUAAAGGUAUUGGAGAAAGUGAUGAUGAAGGGUCUCCGAGAAAAGGGUUCGGCAAAAUCCAAGGGAUCGGUCAGCAGCAAAAAGCCUGCAUUGAACCCAGAGCCUGUAGAAUCAUCUUUAUCAACUUCAUCUGAAGAUCAUCCUGCUGAGGUUGGAACCACUUUGGAGAUCGAUGAUUAUCUAAACAAACUUGAUGAUAAUCCCUUUGCGCUCCUCGAUUUCUUAUCAAGUGAUGCUUCAGUUUCAUCCAUGCUAUCCCAAACCACAAUUCAACAGCCUGUGUCUCCCUCAACUGAAAACGUUUCUACCAUUCUUCAAGAACUUCGAUCUUUGGCCUUCUCUCAAUCUUUCUUGCACAACAUUCAUCGAGUUGAAUACAGAGAACAGAUUCAGGAAUCUUUGAAGAAACUUGAGAAUCAUGUUCAAGAUCUAUCUGAGGGCCAAAACAAGGGGCUAGAUGAAUUCAAUGCUCUCUACAAAAAAGUGGAGACAAUUUGCAUGGACAAAUCCAUGAAUGAAGAAAAGGCCAAAAACAUUGAAACUGAGAAAAAACUAGCUUUUGGCAAACUUCUAGAUUCCAAAUCUAAAGUUGAAAAGCUCGAUGAUGUUGUUUCAACGAAUAAGGUUAAAAUUGAGACUCUGGAAAAGCGCCAAAAGGAGAUACAAGAUGCCAUCAAGAAACUUGAAGAAGAAAAUGAGGGCUUGAAUAAAGAGAAGACUGAACUUGAAACUGCCAACUCGAAGCAUUUGGCUAUUAAAGAAGAAAUAAUUGAAUCUGUCAAGCAUGUUUCAACUUCAUUGGGCAAGGUAGUGAAAUAUCUUGCUGAACUUGACAAGGAGAGAUUAAAGUUGAAUGCGGAUUUUGAGAAUCUGAAGGAGCCUUACAAAAAGAUGAAGAGAAACCCUCCAUUUUAAUUUUGAUCCUUUUCCGAUUUCUAUUGUGAGUAUUUCAUUUUUACGGGCUCAAAACAAUUAUUGAGAUUCUUUCUAUGAUUUUGAUUUCUGUAGUUACUGGUUUAUAUUUCUAAGAUUUUACCAUUUAUCGACGUUAUUUCACCGUU